CCACACACACAACAGAAAUGGCCGCCUAUGCUGCAUUCAAACAUGUUGAACUUUACAAUGUCGGCAAAACCAAGAAGAGGGUUUUGAGACCACCAGGUGGUGGCACCAGCGACAUUUUCGGAGGUGACUUGCCACAAACUCCACGCAAUGUCAAAAAUCACAUGCAAUCAAACAUAUUCUCUUGUGAAAAGGACAAUGUUAAAAAUAACGUACGACAAGGAGCUCACAGAUUCUAUUUCAUCGGUGAACAACCACGUCGCGCUCAAAAGAAUGUUGACUCAUAUCAACGUCUAUUCGGUGAACCUGAGCGUGUUGUUACUCCUGCCAAAAAUCACAUGAGAAGCAACAUUCCAUUCGGUGCUAACAAUGAAGCGGCUCAAACUUUGAUCACCAAUGGCAAUGGUCAUCAUUACAAUGGCAAAAGUUCAUCUGUAUCUUCGGCCUCGUCAUCGGUCUCGUCGUCAACUGAAAAUCUCAAGAUGAAUGGUUACUCCAAAACAGUUUAUCAUCGCAAAAUGAGUAAUGGUAAUCCUGUCACCGGUGAAGGUUAUACCAAGAACAAUGAUUUCUCAAAUCAUACACCCAGCUUGAAUGGUGCCAAUCAAGUCAUCAAUAAAAAUCGUAUUCCCCCCGGUGGUUUCUCUUCGGGUCUCUGGUAAAUUGUGUCUCCAGUGUGUCUUGUUUGCGUUAUAAACAACUAAAUUUAGGAUUAACAACUCUCUCCACAUCUC